AUGUCAUUGAACAUCUAUGUGCCAGCAGGCUACGAUACCGGUGCGCGAGAGCUUUGUCUCUUGGGGUGCAGGGACAAGUUACAACGGGUUCGAGUUUAUGUGGAUGAUGGGGAGCUGCUGCUUGACAUUCGGAGGCGAGACGGCCGUUUCCCUAUAGCUCUUCAGGACGUACGGUGGGAGGAGCCAAAGGAUGUUCUUACCGUGUUCGACUUGUGUGUGCCUGAGCAGCCCGAGCUUCAGUUGGCCGCAGAUGCAGAGACAGCUGAGCAGCCCGAGCUUCAGUUGGCUGCAGAUGCAAAGACAGCUGCUUCCCCAGUAUCGGGUGCACUGGUUGUCGGUGGAGAUGAUUCAGCGGGACCCCGAUCAGCAAGGCGGCAGCAUCGCAAAGGACGCAAGAGAGGUGAGAAGGAUUGGACAUUCAGCCAACGUAUGAAGGUGUUGCAGUACGCCAAAACGGAGAAUUUCAUACGGCCCCAUGCGUCAGGUGUUAUGGUCAACAAUUUGCCUGCUGGGGAGCGCUACAUCAAGAUUCCUUGGCUGGCAGGUGAAGAGUGUGAAAGCUCGACGGUGGCAGUGGACACCGUGCUGGAUUGGAGCAAACAAUCCGUGCAGCAACGCUGGCAAGACAUGGUUGACAGCCAGGAUCUCUGCAACGAGCUGGGCGCGGGUUGGCCGGACAGGCGCUCCCGUUUGCCAAAUUCCUGGCGCAGUGUCUUGAAUGACACACAGUGCAGCAACUAUGCGAGGCUAGGACAACCUCGUCUGCUGGACAAACACCCGGAAUUGCUAGGGGUGGUUCAGAAAACGGAUAGUAUGCAUGCUGACGAACGGCAGCUACUGGCGCCAGCUUCAACACAAGGCUUUCUGGACACGUUGCAGACGCAGUUGCAGCUUGCAAGAGAAGAGCAGGCGGAUGCCGGCGAGGCUGCAGCCUCCUCUUCAGCGCUUCCAAGCAAAGUAUCCAGGUCGUGGGUUCAAACACAGCUUCGAGGCCUGAAGGCUCAAGAAAUCAAGAAACCUUGCACGCAGCCCAACGUUGUCACGGAGAAGGACAAGGCCGACUACAUUGCUGGGUUGAAGAGGAAACUUGCCAAGAUUGGUGACGUAAGACUCCAACUUUCUUGGGACGAGUUCAGCGCCACGGUCGACGACGGUCAAGAGGUGCACUGGUGCGCGGCAAACGAUGACGGCUGGCAUUUGAAACACUUUCUCUCAUCCGAAAAGAUUUCGGUGCUCUCCUUCACGUACAUGUCACGCCCACGGGCAGUGUACAUGGCCAGUGCCAUCGGACAGAUGCUUGGACUGUUCAUACCGCUGUACGCAAGUGAGGAUCACGCGCCUUGCCACGUGGGUGACGCGGAUACAGUCACGAAGGCCACGGGGUUGCAGCAGCGCCGACGGGAGGCCCUAGUGCAAGCGCGUUUGUUACGGCAUUUGGUUCCGCUAAACGGCACUCCAGAUUUCUGUAAGAACGAUCAAGUCCACGACAUCCUCAAGAAAGAGUUCGCAGCCCGGCUCCAAGAGCUGUCGCUCCGGGCGAGGGACUUCAGCCGACGUCCUUCUCCUGACUUGCGAAAGAAUGGCGGCAUUUCUUACUCGGCCAAAGGCUACCACAGAUGCCCUGGCAAAUAUCUCAUUGCCAAGGCUUUUGCGGAAACGCUUGAGGCAUUCCCGAACUCCAGGUGCCUCGCGGCGCAUAUCCGCUGCGGGGCAUUGACACCAGAAGCUGCAACAGCUAUCAGCACGCACACCUCCGAAGAGGUCUUGCUCGCCGUGAAUGAUUUGCAGAAGCUUCAGGCUGAAGUACGUGCGGAGCACAAGUACAAGCAUCCAUGCGCGUCCGGUGUGGAUCGCCACGGUGGCAGGGCCAGCCCUGCAGCCUGGCUGGACAUUGAUUGGAAGUGGUUGCAACCCGCCAAGGAUGCUGCCUCCUCGCCCCCGACACAGGAACAGUUGCAGGAGCUGGAAGUCUGCAGAGCCGCGUCAGACAAGCUGCGCUCCCUCCGGGCUAGGACGCUUCUUGAGCUGGUGGAGGCCGAGGCUCCUCAAGGCCCUCUGCCAGAAUUGAAUCUGGCCGACUGCCAGCCUGACGGAACCGGUGCCUUGGUUCGGUUGUGUAGCAAGCCCGGGCCCAACAACGCGGACCAGUCCCUCUACUUUCAGCAGGCUGCGCAGGAAAUCUUCAAGCAUGAAGCCAAGAUGAAGAGCAAACGCGAAUUGAUCGUGCAAGCUCUGGACUUCCAGUUGUUUCAGCUGCAGCAGGCGUACUUGCAGGCUCGAUUGUCGCAAGCCCCGGCUGUCCGACGAGUGAGCCGUUCUGAGUACUGCUGGAAUGCGCUAAGGCAAGCCCACAGAAGUAGCAACAAAGCAACGCUUUUGAACCACAUAUUAGGUGACUACCAGAAGUUUGGCCUGAAUUCCUCCGGCCGCGUAGACCGCAAAUCCGCGAAGGCUGAGGCUCAGGCUACCGAAGUUAUUGAUUUGGAUGCAAUUCCAGACAGCUCUCAUGUUCCUCAGAAGGUGACAGACGAAGCGAAGCUUCGCAAGUUGCAGGCUUGGAGAGAGGGCGUGGUGUCGGCCAAGCGCAAGGCUGCAGAAGCAGCUGACAAGAUCCGUGCCUCCAAGAAGAGUAAGAAGAGCUAG